UUUGAACACCUCCACUGAAGAUCAGCCAGAGCAUGGAAACAGACAUUCACUGCACUACGGUCAUGAACACAAAUCAGAAGCUUAGCACUGAAUAGCUAGUCUGAAGACAGUUUAAUGAGCUGAACACACCAAAUCCAGUAGAGAAGAUAAUCUGGUGAAGGUUGCCUGGAUAGUAUAUUGGACAAUAAGACACACUAAUGGAGAUUCUAGUGACUUGUGCCUUGGCAAUACUGCUGUUUUUCGUUGAGACGAACUCUGUAGAUUGUCGCAAGGAACCCUCUAAUACAGACACCUCCAAGAGUGAUGUCAGUCAAAAAAGGCCAUUUCGAAUGCCAGAGAACAAGCCAAGCCGCUGUUCCUACACCUUCAUUGUGCCCCAGCAGAAGUUAACGAGGGCCCUCUGCGUGAGCACCAAGUCAGCCCGUGCCAACCAGUCUGAGACGGCAGCCCUGCGAGUGUUGCUAGACCAUCAACAAGAACAGCUGGACAGAAUGCAUGGGCAACUGGAGCAGGAAGGGGCACUGGCCAAUGAGAUGAGAGUUCUGCGCAGGGAGAGUGUCAGCAUGAAUGCCCGCAUCACCCAACUCUAUGCCCAACUGCUGAACGAGAUUAUCCAGAAGAAGGAUCAGGCUUUGGAGCAACGGCAUCUUGAGCGUUUGGUGCUUAAUGCAACAUCCCAGGUGCUGCAGGUGUCAAGAAGUUACAGAGACCUGGAAAAGAAAUAUGACAUGCUCACUUCAGUAGUGAGCAACCAGAGCCAGUUAAUAACACAUCUGGAGAAACAGUGCCAACUCAAGGACUCUACCAAAGCACAGCAGGAGGCAACAUCACUUCCGGUUCAACAGUCAAAUGGAUUGGUGAAUGUGAACUCAGAGCCCAAACAUAUCUCAAGCAAUGUCCAAAGAGACCAAAGUGCCCCUUUGCCGCAGGAACAGAGAUGGCAAGAGUCGCUGCAGAUCUUUGAUGACUCCCCCAGCUCCCCCACAGACACACCAUUCAUCAGUUACCCUGUGACUACAUCUCCAGGGCCAUGGCAGGACUGUCAGCAUGUGCUGGAGUCAGGAGAGACGACCAGUGGCAUCUAUCUGGUGCGUCCACGCAACACCAACCAUCUGCUGCAGGCUUGGUGUGACCAAAGCAGAGCUCAGGGUGGGUGGACCGUCAUCCAGAGGAGACAGGAUGGCUCUGUGAACUUCUUCAGGACCUGGGAGCAGUACAAGCAAGGCUUUGGGAAUCUGGAUGGAGAAUACUGGCUGGGUCUGGAGCACCUGUACUGGCUCACCUCUCAGGCCACCUACAAGCUACGUGUCUCCAUGGAGGACUGGCAAGGACGUCAAGUGUUUGCGGAAUACAACAGCUUUCGGGUGGAACCAGAGAGUGACUGGUAUCGUCUACGGUUAGGCCAAUACCAAGGCAACGCAGGAGACUCUCUCUCAUGGCACAACAAUAAACCUUUCACCACUCUGGAUCGUGAUAAGGAUGCUUACUCGGGUAACUGUGCUCAUUACCAGAAGGGAGGCUGGUGGUAUCACAUGUGUGCCCACUCUAACUUGAAUGGAGUUUGGUACAGAGGCGGACAUUACCGAAGUCGAUACCAGGAUGGUGUUUACUGGGCGGAGUUCCACGGAGGCUCGUACUCCCUGAAGAGAGUUGCCAUGAUGAUCAAACCUGUAUAA